GCGUUGUUAUAGUAUCUCGCCACGUAUAUACCAUAUGUACGUAGAGUCCUGUACGAGUUGAGAAAAGUCGGGUAUACGUAGUUCUUUGUGCUCUUCGUAGUCACUCGGCUGUCCACAGUGCGGGUAUAUAUUCGAUUGACAGAACUUGCGAGAAGAAUAAUUGCGUACAGUAGGCCUCUGUAGAAUUUUUGUAAGAACACAAGGUAACGUCGACUUGGCCGUAUCAGUGGGAAACAACAAAGCGUUCGCCUAGUCGGGUGCGGGUGUGGUAAGAUGGCGGCACAUUCACUUUCCUGGGCUACGGUCAUCUGCUGGCUGAUGUUUGCCACAGCCCCCGUCAUCCAAUCCCAGUUGUCGUAUUCUGACAGUUACUACAACUUCUACAGCAAUGACUACACUUAUGAAGAAGAGCCCAGUACUCCCGACUGUGGAGAAAACCUGUUUGCCCCCUCUGGAGGCCCUGUGACGUCACCGAACUACCCCAGUAACUAUGGCAACAAUGAGAACUGUGAGUGGAGCAUCACGGUACCAGAAGGAAGCAUCAUUCGUCUUAUGUUUGACAGUUUCAACAUUGAGCACAGUUAUGACUUUCUAACUAUCUACGAUGGAGCCAACGAUAGUGCUCCGCAGUUACAAAGGUUAACAGGCCAGCAGCCAGUCAGCCCUAUCACCAGCACAUCUAACAUGAUGUUCUUCAGGUUUACAUCUGACAGAAGUGAAACUCGUCAGGGGUUCCAGUUCUCCUACAUAAGCAGUACCCCAGGUCAUUGCUGGGAUCCUGGUGUGUCGACCAAUGGUUACAGGGAUAACAACAGUAACUUCACAUCAGGACAGACCGUCAGGUACAGCUGUAUGGCCGGGUACCAGGUGUGGGGGAAUGCCAAUAUCACCUGCCGGACGAACGGGACAUGGAGCGAUGCUACACCGACUUGUAAAAGUAAUACAAAAAUCUUCAACAACCGAUCAAUCUCUACAAUCGGAUACGGUUUGGCGUCCAUCAGUCUUCUUAACAACUGGAAGAACCAAUCAGGUCUAGAAGAGUGA